CACACACACACACACACACACACACGUACCAAACUACCUUUGGUGGCUGGUUGAUGGUUUAUCCCGCGCAUUCGCUCCGUUCAUUCACUCAGUCUCAAGCAUGUCGCCGGCACGAUCGUAGCGUCUCUCUAUUCGCUGGCAGGUUAAAAGUGUUGAUGUUGGAAGGCAUGGACACUUGUAAUUCGUUCAAGGGCUGAUGAAACGCAAGGGCCGAGCAAACAAAGCCAAACCAGCAGUGGAAAAGCGUACGUGUGAGACGUCGUGCUGUGUCGUGCGUUUCGGAGCAGGGGACGAAAAGCUCCACCGAAAACGGCACCGUUCGGUUUAUUUGUUUAUAUCAAUAAUCAGAGUGUUGAGAGCAGCAGUGCCGAGGAAGUGCCCUGUCCUCCAGCCCCGUUUGCUCUAUUUUUAGUGUCCGCUCUGUGUACCGUCGUUGUGUGUGUCUCUCUCUCUCUCUCGUUCUCAUUUAUCUCUACCCCGCCGUGGGUAUAGUGCCGCGUCCGGAAGUGUAGUGUAGCGUUGGGAGACGAACAAACCCUGGCACGAAGAACAAAAGGGAAUUACCCUUCGUUUGGAUACGCUUACACGCGGGAAACGAACUGCUUGAAAGUGACAACACACGAUUUGAGCGAUUGUUCACUGUUUGGUUGUUUGGUGUGGUGCUUUGGAAUUAGAAUUCCACCGUGUUUGGGGUUUUGGUGCAACAGUUGCCUGUAGGCUUUUGCAGCAGGGUUUCUGCGCGAAAAAAAAACACAGUACUCUAAGUGAAGGGUAGCGCGCGCUCGUAAUGUCGGUCGGUGCGUGAGCGGCCACUUCUCUCAGUUAUUCCCUUUAGUAGCCUCGGUUGACCUUUAGAAGGUGUGCGAGUAGAGGCAACAGGUUGCCUCAAACCAGGUGUUCUCGAAAAGCCACAGCGUGAAGAUGGCAUCGUUGCAGAAAUUCUUCUUCGGUGCUCGACUUACGGUGGUGCUGUUGCAGCUGCUGAUCGUCUCGUCCAACCUGAUCAUCAUCCGUGCCGUGGUGGCAGGGGAGGUUGACUCACCGGUCGUCACCAUCACCAGCACCACCGCUGCCUCGCCAAUGCCAGCGGCAGCACCAGCACCGGCCGCAGCCGACAGUGAAAACAAGUUUCUGAAAUAUCUGUUCAACAAGUACGGCAGCAAGGGAGUGAUCUCGUUCGAGGGUUUGGAGCAUCUGAUGCACAGCCUCGGGCUCGGCGGGCUAGAUUUCACCGGUUCGCACACACUGAAGGAGCAUCGCCCGGAUGGGUACGAUUUCGGCGACUACGACGUGUACGAUGGCGUCGGCGGGAUGGGGCGCACCGAGCACGGACAGCAUGACCAACACCAGCAUCUGCACGACGAUCAUCACGCGGAAGAGCAUGGGACACCGGAACCGCCGGUGAUAACGUUCGCGACCGCUACAGUGACCUCCACCGACCGUCGACACCGGCACCGGCCGGAGGAGGAACAGCAGGACCAUGGGCGCGGCAGUGCGGUGAGUGCCGGCGAGACGACCACAGCCGACUCGCGCCAGGCCGUAAACGGUACAAACAGUACGGCCGGCCCGUACGGUGGUGCCGCCGCCGCCGCCACGACGCUGGUCCAGGAUCGGAACCCACCCACCGACGAGGCGGACGAUCACGUGUGGCAGGAAAUUAUCUUCAAAGACAUGCACGAUCCGCGCCAUCGCCAUCCGCGUAACAAGAAUGUCCCGUUCUGUCUGUCCCCGAUGUCGAUCGUCCAUCUGGUGAUGGAGGAACCGCUGCUUGCCAAACAUCAGCACUAUCGCAAGGCGCGAUCACUACCGUCGCACAACCACAAUGCCCACGGAUCGAGCGCACCUGAUGUGGAGGAGAUAGAUCCGGAUGCACGGAUCGAGAUAACGCCGUCCGAGUUUAAGGAUCUCUGUCCGGCCUUUUUGGUGCAGCUCGACCAGCGGGCCUGCUCACAGAAGCUCCAGAAGGAGAGCAACCCGCACCGGGAGCGGAAAGCAUUCUCGCAAGCAUGGAUUUACGCCACUGCCUGCGUGCUGAUCAUCUCGCUCUGCGGACUGGUAGGAGUAGCGAUGGUACCGCUAGCGAAAUCCAUCGCUUAUGACGAUAUACUGCGCUUCCUGAUCGCGCUCGGCGUGGGGACGCUUUGCGGCGAUGCGCUGAUGCAUCUGCUGCCCCACGCACUGCUCCCGCACGGCGGGGACGAGGGCGACCAUGAACAUCAUCACGGCGAGCCUCACGAUGAUCAUGGUGGGCAUGAUCAUGCGGCCGAACAGAGGGCGAUGUGGCUGUGUUUGUGUGCCUUCGGGACGGCAUUCUUCAUGUACAGCUUGGAGAUGAUAUUGCCCCUGUUUCGGGAGGGAGGCGCCGACGACCAUCAUCAUCACCACCAUGGCCAUUCACAUGCGCAUUCGCAGAGCUCGAAUCGCGUCGAGCCUAGGCCGGCAGCUCAGCAAAACAAUCACCAGCAGCAGCAGCAGCAUCACCAUCACCCGCACCGGGGCGAUGACAUCGAGCUGGAUCUGACGGACGGGGCGAAGGAUAAGGAGGCGAAAACGAUGCUGCAGAAGAAGAGCGCCCGCAAACCGAUGGCAGCGGUCGCGUUCAUGGUCGUACUGGGCGAUGGGCUGCACAACAUUACGGAUGGGCUGGCGAUCGGGGCGGCCUUCGCGGUGGAUCCGGUCACGGGGCUGGCCACCUCGUUCGCUAUCCUGUGCCACGAGCUGCCGCACGAGCUUGGAGACUUUGCGCUGCUGCUGCAGACCGGCGUCAGCAUUAGGAGGGCAAUAUUUCUCAACAUCGUAUCUUCGAUUCUCAGCUUUGUCGGCAUGGCACUGGGUUUGCUGCUGACGGGACUGCACGAGUCGGUCGUGGGCUGGAUCUACGCGGGAACGGCUGGCACCUUCCUGUACAUCGCGUUGUCCGAUCUGGUGCCGGAGAUGCGCAACGAUGUGGCGCGAAGCGACCAAAAGCUGAAGGUGAUACUGAUCCAGCUGGCGGGGCUAGCCCUGGGAGCUGUGAUUAUGUUGCUGAUUGCGCUGAAUGAGAGCGCGCUGCAGAUGCUGUUCGAUUGAGCAGCUCCUGAUUGUGUAAGAUAUCAGUGUUAAGUUUAGGUAGUGUUUAGACGCAAUAAAGUGUACUUUUUUAUA